AUGGUCAAUUCUUGGUCAGAUACUGAUGCUGUCCUUCCUUUCCCUCAUUCUGUCUGGUCAGUGGAGCUGAAACUAACCCAUGUUGACUGUAAUCCUAACCAGCCUCUGGUUCAUUUUCAGGGUCAACAUUUAUUGGUGUGUGAACUUGACUAUAAUAUUUUACAUUCUGAAAUACAAAACGCUCAAAAAAUCCAAGGAAUUGCAGAGAUUGGUACCUUUUGUUUGGUAGAAGAUUGUUUUUCUGGACAGUGGUACAGAGGAAGAGUUCAUCGCAGAUGUGGUAAAAUAUUUGAUGUUUUUCUUCUUGAUUAUGGCAGUAUUUUAUCUUGUGAUGAGAGUCAUAUUGCAUCUGCUUCUGAUGAUCAUUUAAUUUUACCACCCAAAAUUGUGUGUGGAUUUUUUGCAAACAUUUUGCCAAAUGGUGAUACCUGGGAUAGCACUGCUGUGAAGUAUUUUUCAAAAUUAAUUGGGCAAGAAAUAAAAGGAUACAUUCAAGCAGUUUUACCUUACAAAGUGCUUAUACUGGAAAUACCUGACAUUAAUAAAGAAUUAUUACAACAUGGUUCUGGAAAGACAGUUGACAGGAAUACAUUUUUAGUUAUUGUGGAAAUGUUAACAGAGUUAUCAGUUAAAGACUGGAAACCUAUUCCACAUCUGCUAAGUGAAAGAAAUCUUACUCAAGAGAAAAAUCCUUUUCAAGUUUUUUUUCAGGGUCUUUUAAAUAUAUUUCCGUAUUGCCUUCCUGAAUUGAGCAUUGGUAAAAAGCUAAGUGUUAAAAUAACUGCAGCAUCAACACUUAGUUUGUUUUUCUGUCAGCUAAUGAACAAAGCAAGAGAUCUCGAAGUUCUUACACAGAAACUGAAACAUUUUUGUGAAUCCUACAUUGGAGAUUUUAAAGAAAACAGUAGUGGAAUCUCUGACCAACUAUGUGCAGUUAAAGGAAAAUGUGAUAUGUGGUAUAGAGGACUUAUUCAGCAUGUUCUGCCUAAUGGCAAUAUAGUUGUUUUUUUUUUGGAUUUUGGGUAUUCAGACAUUGUAAAGUCAGAUCACAUUCUUCCUGUUGAAAGACAUUUUUUUUCUGAACCGGUGAUGGCUUUUCCAUGUACAUUGACUUGUUUAGAAGAACAAGAUGAAGAAUUACUGAAACUGCAGACUGACAAAUUAAAAGAAGGACUGUUAGGAGGAAUUGUGCUUGCUUGUGUGGAUCGUUUCAGUGUUGCUCAGAGCAGAUAUUAUGUAACUCUUUUUAGCCUACAUAACAGCUCUGAGAAAAAAAAUCAAGGGACUUUGUCCAUUGAUCCCCCCAUUACAACUGCUAAUAUGAAUGCCCUUCCUGAAGUUUCACAUGUAUUUGAUUUAUCAAUAAAAAGACUUGAUGAUUCAUGCUUUUGUGAAAACAUGGAAUUUAAGGAGAAUUCUAUCUUUGUGGGAUAUAUAGAACACAUUCUUCACCCAUCACAUUUCUGGAUGAGAUCUGAUGAUCGAAAUGCCGAGUUUGAAGAUAUGAUGGAAGAAAUCAAUAAUUUAUAUAGUGGUAAGGAGUUGGAAGACAAUAUUCUCCAAAACUUAAUUCCAGGUGUUUGGUGUUGUGCCAUGUUUGAGAAAGAUUGGACUUACUACAGGGCUGUUAUUGUAGACAUUUUUGAACAAGGAGCAGAAGUGUUCUUUGUGGAUUUUGGCAAUACGGAAAUGGUGCCAUUUAUGUUUAUUAAAGAAAUGCCUUGUGAGUUAUCCAAGAUACCAGCAUUUGCUUUUCUUUGUUCUCUUGCACAUGCGGUUCCCAUUGAAGAUGUCUGGACAGUAAAGGCUACAGAUGUUUUCAAAAAAUUAGUUAUGAAUAAAGUCCUCCUAGUGCGUAUUGUUUUGAUACAGAAAGAUAAAUAUAUUGUGGAUAUACAUGACAAAGAAAAUAAUAAAAUAAGUGUGGCUAGUGCAUUAGCCAUGGCCGGGCAUGCAGAGUACUGGAAAAACACAACAAUAAAUGUCAAUUUUAAGAAAAAACAGCAAAUGGAAAGCUCCUGUCAUCCUUUACAAAAAAAAAAGUUAGGUUCUAACAGUGGGAAAAAAACAAGUGAGAAUCUUCCUUUUAGGGAAGAUGCUUUGAAACAGCAAACAAUUGCUACAUCAAAGAUUCCCCAAGCACAAACCAGAUUUUUGACUAAGCAAGAUGGGGAAACGGUGUUACCAACUCAGUGUUUGUCUAAAAUUAAAUUAUUCAUUAAGCCACUGAUUUUCAAACCUGGAAUGGUGGUUGAUGUAAUUGUGUCCCUUGUUAUCUCUCCUUUUGAAUUUUGGUGCCAGUUAAAAAAUCAGUCCUCUCAAUUUAAACUGUUAAUGGGACAAAUUCAGCAAUACUAUCGGGUUAAUAAUUUUGUCUUCCAGCCAGAUGAAAAUGUUUGCAUUGCAAAGUGCACAAGGAAUGGACAAUGGCACAGAGGAUUUAUUACUCGCAACUGUGGUAGUUCAGUAGAUGUCUUUUUUGUUGAUCUUGGUCUAACAGAAACAAAACCAAUCUGUGAGAUUCGGGCAAUCAAACCUGAGUUUACCUAUCUUGAAGGACAAGCAUUUCGCUGUAGCUUUUAUUCACUUAUUGAGCCCACUGUGAACUUUCCUUACUGGAAUCAGAAUGCUUGUAAAAUAUUUAAAGAGAUGGUUGAAAACAGUAAUUCACUUUUCACAUGUACAAUACUUGGCCUAGUAUCCAGAGGUAACAUUUUGUGCUGUAUUGUAGAUAUGAAGAAUCAUUUUUUUGUUGCCAGUCAGUUUCUUAUAGACAAUGGUGUGGCUAGAAAAACUGAAAAUUUGUGUAUCACAUCUGUUUUUUUUCAUACUUACUUAUACUGUAGCUAUAAUUUGAUGAUUGGAAAUGAAGAACAAGUACAUAUCACCCAUGUGAAAAGUCCCUUUGAACUGUACUGUCAGUUGGAUAGAAAUUCACAAAUGUUUGAAGACUUGAUGUUAAAAGUUUCCAAAGUGGCCAGUGAACGCCAAAACCAAAGCAGUUCUGAUAUUCAGUGGAAACUUUGUCUGGCUUUAUAUAGUAGGGAUGGACUUUGGUACAGGGGUUUGUGUCACCCAUUGCCAUCACCUUUACAUUUUAAUGUGCAUUUUGUUGAUUAUGGAAAUAUGGAAAUAAUAGAGAAGAAAAACAUUAUUCCUAUUCUUGCUAAAGAAAAAGAUCUGAUCUACACACCUGUACAGGCUGUAAAGUGCUCCCUGUUAAACAUUCCCAAAGGAGAAUUGAUACCAGAAGUGCUUGCCUACCUGGAGGAAAAUGUUUUAAACAAAACACUAAAUGCUAUAAUUUCUGGGAAGGAGACUGAUGGAAGCAUUGUUGUAGAACUUUACGAUGGAAGGAUACAGGUUAAUAAAAAGGUAAAGGAAAUAAUUGAUAAGAAUUUUCAACAGUCUGAUUCAGAGAGGAGACAGUUACAUAAAAAUUGUAACAUUAAUCACAGAAUUUUACAUUCAGAAAAGAAUUGUACUUCUGAUAAAAUUAAAAUGAAACCAAGAAAAAAGAAUCAAAAUGUCAGUAUAAUCUGGACAAAUAUACUCUGUAAAGCAGUCAGUGAGUGUGGUUUAAUGAAUGUUAUGCCCAAGAAGACUCCAGAAUUGGUAUUGGAAUGCACACAAAAGAAACCUCACUUUCAAAAGGAAAAUAAGUAUGCAGGUGUAAUGCAUAUUAACAGAGACUGCAAAUCUACAUGUGAAAAAGAGUGCAAUACCCCAGAGUAUUCUGACCUUCCAAGUAGGAAAUUUAACACUGGGUGGAAAACAGAUGCAUACAUUUCUCAUGUAAACAGUAUUUUUGAUUUCUUUAUCCAACUUGCAAAGGACAAAUCUUCAAUUGUAAAUAUGGAAAAGGAACUCAGUGAUAACUUAAAUAAACAGAAAGAGCACUUUAUUGGACAUGUCAAAAUGAAUGAUUUGAUAGCACUGGAAUCUGAGAAUCAUGAGACUUUCUAUCGUGCAGUUGUUAAGAAUGUGUCCUCAAAUUCACAGCUACUUGUUGAACUUAUUGACUAUGGAAAAGGUAUUUUGGCAGAUAAAAGUAAAUUGUAUAAUAUCCCUUAUAAUUUUGUAAAAAAACCUAGACUAAGCAUCCAUUGUUGUUUACUUAAAUCAGACCUUGUGGGUAGUGACUUCCCUUUUAGAGUUGAUAUACCAGAACAACCAGUCUGUGUCCAGUUCGUAAAGGAACAGGGUGUACAGUGGGUAGUACAUAUAAACAUUACUGAAGCAGGAUUUCUCUCUCCCCAAAAUUCAACGCUGCAGUCAUCAGAUUUGAAAAAGAAAAAUCCUGAAAACCUCUCCCAUCCUGAUAAUACUUUUCCAGCUGAACAACUUUUUGCAAAAGAGAAUGGAAAAAAACAUUUAUAUUCAGGAUAUAAACAUUUCUAGUGAAUUGGCUAGAGAAAAGAGAAC